CUCCAAUGCCCCUCCGCUCCGUCGCUAUCGUCAUUUAGUCCGCUUUUCCCACUAUGGCGAACCCCUUCGACCCUAUGCAGACCUCCUCCCCCUCCCCUUCACUUAGUCCUGCGCCCACGACGCAACAAUCCACCGACAUGUCCUCCCAACCCCCCUCUCAACCAGCGCCGUCGUCCACUGGCCCAUCAAAACCCGCCAAGCCAGCUAAACAACCCAAGUCUAAAGAUGCCCCUCCUGCCGCGGGCGGAGCUACAGGCGAAGAAAAACUCAGCCCGGCGGAACUGAAGAAAAAAGCAAAGGCCGAAAAGGCCGCCCGUCGAGCUAAGGAGAGAGCUGAGAGGGAAGGCGGCGCCGGCGCCGGCGCCGGUGCUGGACCAGGUCCAAACGCUGUACCGCCUAAGAAGGGCUCAGCUGGAGGCGGCGCGGGAGGAAAGGAGGCUCCGGGUCAGCUACAGAAGGGACAGAAACACCGACGCGGAUCCGCUACACAGGCCAACGCUACCGAGCAGAAGAAGAAGCAGGAGGAUAAGAGCGUUGCGGUCUUCGGGCAUUUGUAUGGACAACCGAGGAGGACUACUGUUGCUGGCGCUGGGAAGGAAGUCCACCCCGCCGUAUUGGCAUUGGGUUUGCAGAUGAGCAAUUAUGUUGUUUGCGGUAGCAGUGCUCGGUGUGUGGCUACGUUGCUUGCUUUUAAGCGGGUGAUCGAGGCUUAUACUACCCCCUUGGGUACUUCUCUUUCGCGUCAUUUGACUACCCACCUUUCCCACCAGAUUACCUAUCUCUCUACAUGUCGGCCCCUUUCGAUCAGUCAAGGCAACGCCAUCCGUGCGCUUAAGCUGGAGAUCGCCUCCAUCGAUCCUUCCGUCCCUGAAGCUAGCGCGAAAGAAACGCUGUGUGAUUUUAUUGAUAGUUUUAUCCGCGAGAAGAUUACCGUGGCCGACCAGGUUAUUGCAGCCAGCGCCGCACAGAAGGUUCGAGAUGGUGAUGUGAUCGUAACUUUCGCCGGCAGUUCGAUCGUUAAACAGACGCUUCUUGCCGCACACAAACAGGGCAAGAAGUUCCGCGUGUCCAUCAUCGACUCCCGUCCGUUGUUCGAAGGCAAGAACAUGGCCCGCACAUUGGCCAAUGCAGGUCUGGAAGUGCAGUAUUCUCUUGUCAACGGAAUCAGCCAUGCCAUCAAGGAUGCCACGAAGGUUUUCCUCGGCGCACACGCCAUGACCAGUAAUGGACGACUCUACUCCCGUGUCGGCACAGCGCUGGUCGCCAUGUCGGCCAAGGAACGCGCUGGCGGUGUGGAGGUACCUGUCAUUGUCUGCUGUGAGACCGUCAAGUUCACAGACCGUGUCGCUCUUGACAGCAUCGUCGUCAACGAAAUCGCUGAUGCCGACGAGCUGGUCCCCAACCACUCCGUGCAACAGAUAACAGGUUUGCCGGACGCCGUCGAAGCUGCUGCUGCCCAGACCGAUAAUAAGAAAGGCGGCAAUAAGGCUACCGCUAACGCUCCCCCUACAGACUCCACACCCGCCACCAAUGGCUCCUCUCCUCUUACAGACUGGAAGGACACGCCUAAUCUGCAGCUAUUAAAUAUCAUGUACGAUGUGACCCCGGCCGAGUACGUCGACAUGGUAGUUACAGAGAUGGGCAGCUUGCCGCCAAGCGCGGUUCCGAUCGUGCAUCGGAUGAGUACGAACCUGUGAAUGACGGUUGUUCUUUUGGCUCGUGAAAUGAAAAUGUAGCUCAGGGUAUCGGGAUAUGCAUGGUUUUUAAUAGAUUUGCGGCUUAACCAGAAGGUAUGAUUCUAUAGUCAUAGCAUAUCAUGUAAAAUUAAAAAGUAAAAUGACUACCAAACAAUCGAUCAUACUCCAAAAGUGCCAGUGACAUCGAUAAGAGAGUAAAA